CGAGAAAGAGCCGAAGAUCGUCACCAGACCUCCUCGAGCGAGAACAUGCACGUCGUUCACUUUCCAUCUUGCGUUCGCGCUCUCACUCGUUGCUAUUGCCAGUGCGAUGAUGCCGGGCGCAAACACCCCCAAUACGACCACCACAUGCUGCUUGACGGUUGUCGCUUCCUGCCCCAACUCCACCAACCACACGGUCUCAGUGGACGUUGCCUGCCCGACGACAGUUUGUCUCGCAAAUGGACACACGGCAACAAGUAUUGUCGCCAUGGACAAGUCGUUGAACCUGUCGCGUCGAAACAUCUCGGUCGUCACUGACCUCCCUUCGUGCGUCGAUAGCAUGUACGUGGCUGCUGUCCUCGCAUGAGAACUCGCAUGGACGCCAACGCGUGUGCUAGUGACUUGUCGUACAACAGAAUUCAAAGCAUUUCAGUUCAAUCGAGUGAUCCUGGUGAAGUCCCGCUCCUGCACCUAAACCUCAGCCACAACGCCUUCGCGACAUCGAGCGCCAUCCUACUGCCAGGAACCGUCCAAACCCUGGACCUGAGUGGCAACCGCAUCGGGACCUUGUCCCGCGAAAUGGCCGAGCAAAUGCCGCGACAGCUCAAGUCCUUGGUUUUAAGUGGCAAUGGGAUGACCAGCAUCGACGGCAGAUAUCUACCGACGACACUGAAGCGCUUGGACUUGACGCGAAACUCCAUCGAGACCAUCCUCCUGGACACGCCAAGCUACGCGUUAGUGAGUCAUCCAGAGUUCGUCCUCGAGAUCGAGCCGAACCAAGCGCCGAUACCGACGAGCCUCCUGUGCAUGCAGCCGCCGCCUCGCCUCGCCAACAACUACAUGUGCGUGAUCGAGACGCCCAAACACGCCAUGGUCACAGCGAUUCUCGGCAAGUACUUGUUGGGGCUCAUCGUGGUCGUUUUGAUCGGGUACGCUGCGUUCCAGUCCCUGAAACAAUAUCAGUCGAGCAGCGGCGUGUCCGAGCUGACGGACCGGUCGACGUACAUCAGCUCCAACUAUUUGGAACAACCCAAGACGUCCUCAUCGAAUCGCGUCGCUGUUGCAUGA